ACACGCGCUCACACACACAGAGAAAAUCCUCUUGCCUGUUGAUUUAUGGAAACAAUUAUGAUUCUGCUGGAGGAUUUCUCAGCUGAGAAAUAGUUUGUAGCUACAGUAGAGAGGCUCAAGUUGCACAAGGCAGACAACAGACAUGGAAUUCUUGUGUAUCCAGCUGUUAUAAACAGAACAAAAGUCAAGUAGCAAACAGCACCACAGCAACUGGGCAUAUUACAACCUGUUUUUAUAAGGAUUUAUCAACACAGAGUUAUUUAAGGAGGAUCCUGUAUUGUUAUCAGAAACUAAAAGGAUAAGGGUAACAAUUUGGAAAGAGCAACUACUCUUUCUUAAAUAAGUCUAUAUAAUUAACAGAUAGGAAGAGGUCAAUGACCUAGGAGUAACAAUCAACUCAGGAUUUUACUUUUCAUUAUGUUAUUCAUGAACACCCGGAGCACUACACUAUAAUGCACAAAUGGAUACUGACAUGGAUCCUGCCAACCUUGCUCUACACAUCAUGCUUUCACAUUAUCUGUCUAGUGGGCACUUUAUCUUUAGCUUGCAAUGACAUGACUCCAGAGCAAAUGGCCACAAAUGUGAACUGCUCCAGUCCCGAGCGACAUACCAGAAGUUAUGAUUACAUGGAAGGAGGGGAUAUAAGAGUGAGAAGACUUUUCUGUCGAACACAGUGGUAUCUGAGGAUUGAUAAACGAGGCAAAGUAAAAGGGACCCAAGAGAUGAAGAACAAUUACAAUAUCAUGGAAAUCAGGACAGUAGCGGUUGGAAUUGUGGCAAUCAAAGGGGUGGAAAGUGAAUACUAUCUUGCAAUGAACAAGGAAGGAAAACUUUAUGCAAAGAAAGAAUGCAAUGAUGACUGCAACUUCAAAGAAUUAAUUCUGGAAAACCACUACAACACUUAUGCAUCAGCUAAAUGGACACACAGUGGAGGAGAAAUGUUUGUUGCCUUGAAUCAAAAGGGAGUUCCUGUAAGAGGGAAAAAGACAAAGAAAGAACAAAAAACAGCCCACUUUCUUCCUAUGGCAAUAACCUAAUCAUAUAUGGUAUAUAAGAAACCAGUUCCAGCAGGGAGAUUUCUUUAAGUGGACUGUUUUCUUUCUUUCUUUUCUUUCUUUCCUUUUUUUUUUUUGAAGUAACCAAGAAAGGCUGGAAAACUACUGAAAAACUGAUCAAGCUGGACUUGCGCAUUUAUGUUUAUUUUAAGAGACUGCAUUAAAGAAAGAGUUGAAAAAUAUACACAAAAAUCAGAUUUAGUAAUAAAAGUUGUAAAAAAUUGUAAAACUGGUUGUACAAUCAUGGUGUUAGUAAUAGUAAUGUUCUUCUUAAAUUAAUUUACCCUUAAGAGUAUGGUAGAUUUGAUUAUCUGAUAAUGAUUAUUUAAAUAUUCCUCUCUGCUUAUAAAAUGGCUGCUAUAAUAAUAAUAAUGCAGAUGAUGUUAUAUAAGAUAUGUCAGACCCUAAAGGCUGCUGAAAUGAUUUGUCAGAUAAUCAAUCCAACACUAAGGAAGAUGAGCAGUAAUUUGAAAUGCUUUCCAAUGAAAAAUUAUAAUCCACUUAAGCUCUAAUCAGAAAAAAUCUAUUAUGGAAAUGAAUAAGAUAGACCAUUUUACAAAAUUAUUGGCUAAGAACAUGCUUGUACUUAUUAACAAGAACAAAAUUCUUAAUGCUGCUCAAAUUGAAAGGCUAUUGCUACAAGGAUGUUUUUAAAAAUUUUGUAUAUAAAAUAGCAAUAAUGAUGAUAAUACUGUAUUUCAUCUCACUUGCCACAAAAUAACAUUUUAUAAUCCCUAGAAGUAAAAUUCAGAAAUGUUUAAAUUUUUUCGAGUAACAUAAUCUAUCUUUUGUACAAUUCAUAUUUGGGAAUAUGACUUUUAGUAAUGUUCUCCCCAUAAAUAAUCAUGCUUUUUUUCUGUGGUUACAGCAUUAAACUCUAUUUUAAGUUGUAUUUGAA